AUGAGUACAAUGCACCCACCUGGAUUGCAAAAUGCCGCAAACGGGAACUCCUCUGCUGCCACGACUCCAGCGGCCGAGUUACCCGAAAUCCAAAAAUUCGGCCUUGCCGGAAUCUCGCUGCUCGUGAAAAUGGAACAGAAUGACCAGACGAGUUCUGCCAUGGGCCAGGAUUUGGGUCUUAUGGACCUCGACUUGCUGGAAAAAGCAGAGAUAUUGAAGAACUUGGCCUCGCCGUGGCAGGAAACUUCGCGCUCCGAGGUGGAACCGUACUUCUCCUUUGACGAGUCCAUACUACAAAAAAAUAUGCCUCCACCAGAACCAUGCGAUACCAAGAUACUGUCGUUCAUGGACGAGACGCUUUUUUACAUUUUCUACACCAAGCCACGCGACACACUCCAAGAGUACGCCGCUAGAGAGCUCGUGGCUCGGAAUUGGAGGUAUCAUAGAGACAUCCAAGUCUGGUUAACGAAGGACAGCAACGUUGAGCCUGUUUUGAUCAGCCCCGACGUGGAAAGAGGUGUGUACAUUUUCUUUGAUCCGCACAACUGGGAGAAGAUCAGAAAAGAGUUUGUUCUACAUUACUCGUCGGUGCAAGCAUAA